GGGAGAGCUGCCCACGCCAACAUGGCGGCGUCCGGUUGUGGGGAGUUUUUUCGCUUCGAGUUUUGGCCGGGGCGGGGGUCUGGGCUUUAGGCAGUAAGUGGGUCAGGCGGCCAGAGGUCUUGGGAGGGACGAGGGAGGCGUAGGGACCGUGAGAGCGGCACCGCCUGAGGAGGGCGAGGCAGGAGCUGCUCGGGCCGACCACGGGGUGCGGCGUCCUCCUGGCGUCGAGUCUGCCUUCCUCGUCCGCUGGGGCCUCUGCCGCCUCGCGCCCGGGGGCUCGGUAGUGGCUUGGAGGGCUUGAGGGCCUGGCCUCGACCGUGGAGUGGGCGAGACAGAAAUCACGACCACGCGCCCGAGGCUACACUUUCCAAGUUCCUUUUUUUUCUUUUUUUUUUGCGUGUGGUGUUUUUUGUUUUUUUUUUUUUCUGGGGAACGGGUUUAAGAAGAAAAUAAUAGCAUUUCAGCGCUUCCUGUUAUUUAGGAGCUGGGCUAGGCGUUUUGCAUUGCUCCUCUCCAAGAGACCCUCCUCCACUUUCGAGGGUAAAAUUUAGUUUCACAAUGUUUGGGGAUCUGUUUGAAGAGGACUAUUCCAGUGUGUCAAAUAAUCAUUAUGGAAAAGGGAAGAAAUUAAAGACCAAAACUUUGGAGCCAUCUGCUCCUAGAGAAUUCACCAAUUUAAGUGGAAUCAGAAAUCAGGGUGGAACCUGUUACCUCAAUUCCCUUCUUCAGACUCUUCAUUUCACACCUGAAUUCAGAGAAGCUUUGUUUUCUCUUGGCCCAGAGGAGCUCGGUUCAUUAGAGGAUAAGGAUAAGCCUGAUGCAAAGGUCCGAAUCAUACCUUUACAGUUACAGCGGCUGUUUGCACAGCUCCUGCUCUUGGACCAGGAAGCUGCAUCCACAGCAGACCUCACUGACAGCUUUGGGUGGACCAGCAAUGAGGAAAUGAGGCAACAUGAUGUGCAGGAACUGAAUCGAAUUCUCUUUAGUGCUUUGGAAACUUCUUUAGUUGGGACCUCCGGCCAUGACCUCAUCAAUCGUCUGUAUCACGGAACCAUUGUUAACCAGGUUGUUUGUAAAGACUGUAAGAAUGUCAGUGAAAAGCAGGAAGACUUCUUAGAUCUCACAGUGGCUGUCAAGAAUGUAUCAAGUUUGGAAGAUGCCCUCUGGAACAUGUAUGUAGAAGAGGAAGUUUUUGACUAUGACAACUUAUACCACUGUGGAACUUGUGACAAGCUGGUUAAAGCAGCAAAGUCGGCCAAAUUACGUAAGCUGCCUCCCUUUCUCACUGUUUCAUUACUAAGAUUUAAUUUUGAUUUUGUGAAGUGUGAACGAUACAAGGAAACUAGCUGCUAUACAUUCCCUCUCCGGAUCAACCUCAAGCCUUUUUGUGAACAGAGUGAAUUAGAUGACUUGGAAUAUAUGUACGACCUCUUCUCGGUUAUUAUACACAAGGGUGGUUGCUAUGGAGGACACUAUCAUGUGUAUAUUAAAGACGUUGAUCAUUUGGGAAACUGGCAGUUUCAAGAGGACAAAAGUAGCCCAGAUGUGAAUUUAGAAGAUCUCCAGAGUGAAGAAGAGAUUGAUGAUCCAUUGAUGAUUCUAAAAGCAAUCUUAUUACAGGAGGAGAGUAAUCAAAUUCCCGUUGAUCAGCUGGGCCAGAAACUCUUGAAAAAGAAAGGAGUGUCUUGGAAUAAGAAGUACAGAAAACAGUAUGGACCACUGCGAAAGUUCUUACAGCUUCACUCUCAGAUGUUUCAGCUCAGUUCAGAUGAAAGAACAGUGAGUCUGUUGAAGGACCGUUCUCUCCAGGCUGAGUCUGAUUUCCAAAGGAGUGAUCAACAGACAAGUACUUCAGAGUCCCCAGGUUUAAACGAUAGACCCUCCUGUCCCCACUGGUUUGAUAUAAAUGAUGCCAAAGUCCAGCCAAUCAAGGAAAAGGAUAUUGAACAGCAAUUUCAGGGUAAAGAAAGUGCCUACAUGUUGUUUUAUCGGAAAUCCCAGUUGCAGAGACCCCCUGAAGCUCGAGCUAACCCAAGAUACAGGGUUCCAUGUCAUUUGCUGAAUGAAAUGGAUGCAGCCAACAUUGAACUACAAAUGAAAAGGGCAGAAUGUGAUUCUACAAACAAUAGUUUUGAAUUGCAUCUCCACCUCGGCCCCCAUUAUCAUUUCUUCAAUGGGGCUCUGCACCCAGUAGUCUCACAAACAGAAAGCAUGUGGGAUUUGACCUUUGAUAAAAGAAAAACUUUAGGAGAUCUUCGACAAUCAAUAUUUCAGCUGUUAGAAUUUUGGGAAGGAGAUAUGGUUCUUAGUAUUGCCAAGUUUGUGCCAGCAGGACUUCACGUUUACCAGACACUUGAUGGAGAUGACCUGACACUGUGUGAAACUGAGAUUGCUGAUGGGGAAGACAUCUUUGUCUGGAAUGGGGUGGAGGUUGGUGGAAUCCAGAUUCCAACCGGUAGUGACUGUGAACCUCUGCUUUUAAAUGUUCUUCAUCUGGGCACAAGCAGCGAAGGAGAGGAGAGUCAGCAGUUGGUGGAAUCUCCGCAUGUCUUCCCAUCUAAUGCGGAGCUAGGCACUGUGUUCGAAGCCUUGUCAGUCCCAGAAGGGGUCGUCUUAAUCAACAGCACCGCAUCUCUAGGUGAGGAGAGCUGGACCGCCCUUGCCAAGGAAGACUUGAAGAAGACUUUCAGAGAACAGGGUCUCAGAAAUGGAAGCGCAGUUUUAAUUCAGGAUUCUAAUGAUGAUAGCAGUUUUUUGACCAAACAAGGGAAAUGGAUCACUAGUACGAAUGAGAUUGACUGGCUCCAAGUUAAAAAUUUAUGCCAAUUAGAAUCUGAAGAGGAGCAAGUUAAAAUAUCAGCAACUCUUAACACAGUGGUGUUUGAUAUUCGAACUAAAGCCAUAAAGGAAUUAAAAUUAAUGAAGGAACUAGCUGAAAACAGCUGUUUGAGGCCUAUUGAUAGAAACGGGAAGCUUCUUUGUCCAGUGCCAGACAGUUACACUUUGAAGGAAGCAGAAUUGAAGCCGGGGAGUUUAUUGGGCCUCUGUCCUGGAAAAGCACCGACGUCUUCUCAGCUAUUCCUGUUUUUUGCUGUCGGGAGUGAUGUUCAGCCUGGGACAGAGAUGGAGAUCAUAGUGGAAGAAACAGUAUCUGUAAGAGGUUGUUUAAAGAUAAUGCUGGAGAAAUCUGGCCUGUCAGGAGACACAUGGCAUUUACGAAAAAUGGAUUGGUGCUUUGAAGCUGGGGAGCCUUUAUGUGAAGAAGAUGCAACACUGAAAGAGCUUAUGAUAUGUUCUGGAGAUACCUUGCUUUUAACUGAAGGAAAACUUCCUCCUCUGGGCUUCCUGAAGGUGCCCAUCUGGUGGUACCCGCCACGGGGUCCCUGGCAUCACUGGCAUCAUCAGGACCAGAUGGACUGUACCUUUGCUCAAGGUGCUCCUGGUGACAGGCAGGCGGAAGUUUCUCUCCACUACUUGGGAGACAUUGAAAUCUCAGAAGAUGCCACCCUGGGGGAGCUGAAGUCUCAGGCCCUGACCUUGCCGAACUUCUCGGAGUUUCCCGUCCCUUCCCCAGCCUUCCUCAGAGCCUGGACGGUGGAGUACAAGCGGCCCGGCAGGCUCUUACGCGUCCACCAGCAGCAGCUCAAGGAAUGUAAGUUGGGGAAGAGAACUGAGAUCUGCCUAGAGCCCCUUCAGAAAGAAGAAUACUUGGGCCCCCAGGAUGUGCUGCUGAGGACACAGAUGCGCCUCCCUGGCAAGAGGGCAUAUGCUCUGCCCAUGGACUUAGUGUGGGACACGGCCCGAGGCUGGACGGCUGGCUCCCUGAGGCAGCGAGUAGCCAAUUUCUGUUCUCUUCCUGUGGAGAAAAUCGAAAUUGCCAAAUACUUUCCUGAAAAGUUUGAGUGGCUUCCAAUAUCUAGCUGGAACCAGCAAAUUACUAAGAAAAAGAAGAAGAAAAAGCAAGAUAAUUUGCAGGGAGCACCUUAUUAUUUGAAAGAUGGAGAUACUAUUGGUAUUAAGAACCUCCUGCUCGAAGACGACGACGAUUUCAGUACAGACGGGGAUGACGCCCGGAGAGGACGACAGAACCUGCUCACUCUGGGGAGGAAGGAAAGCCAAGAAGCCCUUCGCGUGCAGAGCAGCGACAACUUCUCUGGUGCAGAGAUGCCUGCCCGGCCCCGUGGACCAGAAGCUUCUCUCUCCAUCCGCGUGGGGAGUUUCCGAUAGCGCCGGCGGGCGGUAUUGCCCGGAUGCGGGGCCUCGGCUCCGCUCCAGGUCGCCGGCCCGUUCCCGCGAGCAGCUCUGCCCCUGCCUGUGCGACACCGACUCCAACCCCCGGCUCUGUCGUCUCAGGCCAGGCGGGUGACCGGUCACCGGCUUCGCGGCGCAUCCACCCGGGGCCGGCACUGACUGGCCGUCCUCCAGGUGCCAACCCCGGCCGUUUGGCUGAGAACACUGCCGGUUUCGCAGCCGCGGACGGCGCGGCGUGUUGCUCGCCUCUGACAGACCCGCAGCCGGCGCCCGCACGCUUCCCUCGGCGGCCGGGGCUGGCCGGGCUCUCCUGCCACGUAAACUGGCGUCUGUUUUCUGUUCCCCUGUGGUUUGAGUUCACACCGAGUCGAAAGCCGCCUCUUUCUGGGGGGAGCAGCCCCGCGAGGCCUGCGAGGUCAAGCCGCCUCCGGCUGGUGCUGCCGGCGGGUGCGCCGAGGGCCUGGCUCUGCGCAGCGGAGAAAGGAAAUGGGACCCGGAGUCUACCUGGUGCCGCCUGGCUGGCUAACUUCAGGGGUCUCGGUGGGUUUGUGGCAAAUGCAGCGUCGGCAGGGAUGCUGCGCUGAGGACACAGGCCGGUCACAUUCUCAGACCCACUCCGUCGAAGCAAGACUCUGAGAAGACGCCAGGAAGUCCUUGCUUGGCCCUCUUGUGACCCGGCGCUCUUGACUCCCACGGGCGCUCCUCAGCCUCUUGAGCGGGGAGCUGAAAACAGCACCUCUGACGGCGAAGAGGCCGAAGCAUCCGGCCGAAGGGAACUGGCAGGCGGCCCUGCGACAGAGUGGCCGCUCGCGGGAUGAACGACCUGCUUUCCUCCUCUGUCCUCCAGACACCGUCAGAACCAAUGACAGGAGCUCUCAUCUCCUCCGUGGUCCGUCUGAAGUGGUUGGGUUGCCGGUUAGGUACCGAUGUGUCUAGAAGCAGCUGCGUUGUAAGAAGUCGAACUUCGGCGGGUCCUGGGCCUCAAACGCUGAAGCCUCGCAUCCGUCUCAGGAGACCCGCGCGGGGUGGAGGCUCCUGGUGGGCUGCGGGCUGCCCUGCGGUAAGCGUUUCAGCGGCGUAGAAGCUGUUCUGUCCCUUUUACUUUACCUGGCAGGGCCCCUCGUGCCCUUCAUUGCCCUGUAAUAAAACACAGACGUAAUAACCGAAAAGCCCAAAGCCAGAGACCUCGCUGGGGGGCACUUACCAGGAGGAACACGGGUCAAGGUGCCUUGUGGUGUCCAGGCCUCAGGGGCCUCUGCUUGUCAGCUGGCUCCCCUCCUUCCUUCCUUCCUUCCUUCCCUCUUAAAAAAAUUCUGGGUUGGGGGAGUGCCUGUCAUCGCUCAUCGGAAACGAAUCUUACUAGGAUCCAUGAGGAUGCAGGUUCGAUCCCUGGCCUCGCUCAGUGGUCAAGGAUCUGGCAUUGCCAUGAGCUGUGGUGUAGGUCACAGAUGCGGCUCAGAUCCAGCGUGGCUGUGGCUGUGGCGUAGGCCAGUGGCUACAGCUCCCAUUUGACCCCCAGCCUAGAAACCUCCACAUGCUGGGGUGCGGCCCUAAAAAAAAAAUUCAGGGUUGGAGUGGGGCCACAGGGAGAGAGCUGUAAGUUUCUGUUAAAAAAUAAAUGGUUCAAUUUGUA